AUGGCAUUGGCCGGCUGGGAUAGAAACAAGGUGCCCUUCUCGACGCGGGGUCAACCGGAUUCCCACCACACUCAAUCAACCGCUAAGCGCCGGUUUCCGAACCGACCUGGGGCUAAGGAGACAUGCAUACCGGUGUAA